GGUGUUAAGGGUUCUGGCGGGUCCUGUUACUUCUGCGCUACCUAGGUUUGCUUUGUACAUAAUGUACAUAAAGAAAGUCAUCAUACAAGGUUUUCGCAGCUAUAGAGAUCAAACAUGCCCAGAAGAGUUCAGCCCGCAUCAUAACAUAAUAGUUGGGCGCAAUGGUUCUGGAAAAUCGAAUUUCUUCCAGGCUAUACAAUUUGUUCUUUCAGAUGAAUACAGUCACCUGAGUAACCAAGAAAGACAAAACCUUCUUCACGAAGGCACAGGUCCACGCGUUAUUUCGGCUUACGUGGAAAUGAUAUUUGACAACUCUGAUAAUCGGAUUCCUUUCGAUAAAAAUGAAGUCUCUUUACGGAGAAUAAUUGGUAGCAAAAAGGAUCAGUAUUUUCUCGACAAGAAAAUGGUCACGAAAGCUGAUGUUAUGAAUAUGUUGGAAAGCGCUGGGUUUUCUCGUAGUAAUCCGUACUACAUCGUUAAACAAGGAAAGAUUACUCAGUUGGCUACUGCACCUGAUCACCAAAGACUGAAACUGUUGAGAGAGGUUGCGGGAACCAGAGUCUAUGAUGAACGGAAGGAGGAAAGCAAACAAAUAUUUAAAGAGUCAGAAGCCAAACGAGAACAGAUAUCUGAACUCUUAAACAGCAUCGAAGAUCGAUUACGAACCCUUGAAAACGAAACAAAAGAAUUAAAAGAAUAUCAACAUUGGGAUAGAGACAGACGUGCGUUGGAAUUUACCAUAUACGAUAGAGAGUUGAAAGAGACUCGAAAAAAAUUAGAAGAAAUACAAACUCGUCGAGAACAGAGCAGUGAAAGUACAGCUGAAAUUCGGCGAGCUGCCAAAGACUGUGCGGAUGCUAUAGAGAAACUAGAAAGGGAUCUAAGAGACAAUAGAUUGAAAGAAGCUCAGAUGCAAGAUGAAGUCGAGCAAGUCCAAGCAUCUGUAAGUGAUGUUCUUCAACGCCGUGAGCAACUUCAACUCACUAUAGCUGAUUAUUCAGCAACUCUUCGAGGUGGUAAAUCUGCGCGUGAGCGAGCUUCUGAAGAACUAAAUCGUGUUAGAGAACAAAUAAACCAAGUUGAACGUCGGCUAGCUGAAUUACGACCUCAGUAUAAAAAGGCUAAGCAGUUUGAAGAUGAAUUAGCGAACGCACUUAGUGAUGCUGAACAUCGUAGAAAGGAAUUAUUCGCUAAACAAGGAAGAGUCAAUCAAUUUCAAUCUCGUAGUCAACGUGAUGAAUGGAUUAAAGAUCAAAUGAAAAGUUUAUCAAAAGCUAUAAAAGAUAAAGAAAAUACUAUAAAUAAAUUAACAGAAGAGAUUAAACGUGAUGAUGAAAGACGAGAAAAACUACAACAAGAUUUAGAAGUGGCUGAAGAAAAUAUGACAUGUGUUCGAAAAGAAUUAGAAACGGUAUCUGAGGAACAACGUAGACUUCGUCGUGAAAAAGAUGAAAUUCAAACGGACAGACAAACUGUUUAUCGAGAAGAAACUAGAAUAGCUCACGAACUGAACAAUUUACGUGAUGAGUUGGCCCGUACUGAACAUAAUUUACGAUCGAUUACAGGCAAAGGAAUUUUGAAUGGUUUGGAUUCUGUUCGUAAAGUUGUUGAAAUAUUUCGUGAUCGUUAUGGCCCAGAUUGUGAUAUUGUACAAGGUUAUCAUGGAACAUUGAUAGAAUUAAUUGAUUGUCCAGAAACAUUUUAUACUAGUGUAGAAGUUACAGCUGGUUCACGUCUAUUUUAUCAUGUUGUACAGAAUGAUAAAUUGGUUAUUCGUAUGAUUGCAGAAAUUAAUAAACAUAAUCUUCCUGGUGAAGUUAAUUUUCUUCCAAUUAAUCGCUUAUGUGUACAAGAAUCUUCAUAUCCAGAGACAAAUGAUGCAAUUCCAAUGAUUUCUCGUUUAAAUUUCGAUGAGAAAUUUCGUGGUGUAAUGUUGCAUAUUUUUGGAAAAACAUUAAUUUGUCGUAGUAUUGAAAUUGCAACUCAAUUGGCUCGAACAAAAAAUUUCGAUUGUAUUACACUUGACGGUGAUCAAGUAUCACGUAAAGGUACACUUACCGGAGGAUAUUACGACAGUCGAUUAUCACGUUUAGAAUUACAGAAACGUAAACAAAAAACUGAAAUUGAAAUUCAAGAGACAGAAAAUGUUCGUGAGAAUAAUGCUAAACGUAAGGAACAAGUUGAUGCACAAAUUAACCGUAUCAUUGACGAUGUGCAACGUAAGGAUACAGUAAGAUCAAAACAUGAAAUGACAUUUGAUAAGUUGAAAAAAGAUAUUCAUAUGUGGAAAGAAGAAUUACGUGGCAAACAAGAAACUAAACCACAGAAAGAGUACAAAUUAUCAUCUUUACGUCACGACCUGGAUCAGAUGAAGUACACAAUGGAAUCUUAUAAAGUUGAAUUAGGAACUGAUUUAUUGAGCCAGUUGUCAGUUCAGGAGCAACGUGAAGUUGAUCGUUUAAAUGAUAAAAUUCAAGAAUUAACCAGAGAAGCUAAAGAUGCUUAUAAGAAGAGAAUUACAUUAGAAACCGAAAAGAAUGAAAAAGAAACUCAACUAGAACAUAAUUUAUUAAGAAAACAAGAACAAUUAGAGUCUGAGGUAGCUGAAGCUUCGGAACAAGAUUUACAAGACCGUUUAACUGAAUCAGAAGAAGAAUUGCGCGAGGUUGAACGCCUUAUUGAAGGUGCUCAGCGUACAGUAGAUGAAGUGGAAACACGUUUAUCUGCUCUAUUACAUGAACAACGUCAACUGGAAUCAGAAAUGGAGCGUAAAAAACAAGAAGAAAAAGAAUACGCUGAACGUAUACAAGAUGAUCAACAGAAUUUAGAAAAAAUGCAGUCCAAACAAAGUCAAUUAUUAAAAAAGAAAGAAGAAAAUAUGAAAAAAAUUCGCGAUUUAGGUUCUUUGCCAGCAAAUACAUUUGAUAAAUUUCAAGAUAAAAAUAUGAAACAACUAUUCAAACUUCUUGAUAAAGCUAAUCGUGAAUUAAAACGUUAUAGUCAUGUGAAUAAAAAGGCUUUGGAUCAAUUUGUAUCACAUUCAGAAGAGAAAGAGAAAUUAUUAAAACGUAAAGAAGAAUUAGAUAAAGGUUGUCAAGCGAUUAAAGAUUUGAUGAAUGCAUUAGAUCAUCAGAAAUAUGAAGCUAUUCAAUUAACAUUUAAACAGGUAUCUAAAAAUUUUCAAGAUAUUUUCAAACGACUUGUACCUGAAGGUCGUGCAGAAUUGGUAAUGAAAAAAGGUGUCCGUGUAAGUGCUCAUUUUGGUGUAGUUAAGCUUCGUGAUCUUAACUGUUUUAUUUAUCACCAAUAAUAAGUAUUCGAGCUAAUUUCUGAAUCGAUAACUGUAUUCCCACUUAUGAUAUCUAGGUUGACCUUCAGUCAGUUUUCCUAAUCUUCAGCAUCACCUGGGUUAUUUGUUUAGUAAAAUUCAAGUUUCACAUCACGGAUUGACUUUGGUUAGACAAUCAUUGGGAACCAUUAAGCACUAGGCGGUUGUCUCGUCCUAGCUUAGUGUGAACUUUCAGGUCCUGACUGGGGGUCCAAUUGUUUGCAUUCCAAGCCAUAACCAGCUUGCUAAGAUCCUGAGUCUAACGUCUUGUGGAGUCGUAGAUGGACCUAUUUAGGUGUAUCAUACCAGGAUGGAACAGCUGUCCAGUACUUACUGGUCUAAUUGAAGUUAUUUUUGACUUGGUUUACAUAACAUACUCGAAUUCGAAUUCGUUUACGAACCGGAAACAAUCAGACAGUGAAAUAUAUAUGGAUGAACCAAUUAGUAACUACAUUAAUCAAUGAAAGGGAAUCCAUUUUUUAAAGCCACAAGAGAGAAAAUUACUCAAUGAAUUUAUUAUUAUUUCAAGAAGGUGAAGGUAGUAGUGAUGAAGAUGGUGGUGCUGAUAGUAGUGUUAUUCCCGAUGUUGAACGAUUUAUUGGAGUUGGUAUACGUGUUAGUUUCACUGGUGAUUCAGCUGAUAUGCGCGAUAUGAAUCAAUUAUCUGGUGGACAAAAAUCACUAGUUGCUUUAACUUUAAUCUUUGCUAUUCAAAAAUGUGAUCCAGCACCAUUUUAUCUGUUUGAUGAAAUUGAUGCCGCAUUAGAUGCACAAUAUCGUAAAGCUGUUGCUGAUAUGAUUAGAGAUUUGAAAUCGGAAGCACAAUUUAUCACUACAACAUUUCGACCUGAAUUAUUAGAAUCAGCUGAAAAAUUCUAUGGUGUAAAAUUUCGUAAUAAAGUUAGUCAUAUUGAAUGCGUAACUAAAGGUGAAGCACUUGAUUUUGUCGAAGAUGAUCAGACACAUGGAUAAUUUUUACAUGAAUGACAGUGAUCAUAACCUUUGUGUUUCAUGUAUACACUGCUUGUUUUUUUCUCUGUCAUCUUCAAGCAUAUGUAGAGGAUAUUUAUCUACCUGUCUUGUAUAUAUCGUCGUCAUCAUCAAAAACAGAUAAGUAAAUUCCUUAAUACUCAUGAAAAUGAGCAAACUAACAAUUAUGACAUUGUUUUGUUAAUAUUGGCAUUUAACGGAACUUCUCCGUAAAAAGUAACAACCAAUUACAGUUGAAUGUAUAUUACCCAUUUGAUCGUUUUUAUAAUAUUUCCACGUAAUAAAUACACACAACAUCCCAUAAACUAAUUAAUUAUUCCCAUCUUUUUGUGUUUGUCUAUUCUAUUCAUCUUUUUCCUGUACUACACUUUGCAUUUAUUUUUUGUUAAACAUUAUUCUGAUAUUUGUUGGUUUGUUUUUUACUCACAUAAAAUAUUUUGUAUACCCUAUAAAUAAUAAUAUUUUGAUAAUGAA